AUGGCAGCUAUGAGUCUGGAAGAGCAUCACCAGUGGCUGCUGUCCACCGGCCACUUCUCCGACCUCACCCUGCACGCGCGCGGCGCAGCGGGGUGCCGCAAGAAGUGGCGCUUGCACCGCAGCGUGGUGGUGCGAUCGCCGUACUUCCAACGGAUGUUGACGGGUGACUGGGAUGAAGCCAAAAAGCAGGAGAUCGACCUAGAGUGUCUAGAAGUUCCAGGCCUCACUGUGGACGGCCUCAACGCAGCCUUGCACUACCUCUAUGCCAAGAAGCUGGAGAUGCUUAGUAUGGAGGCUUUCGCCGAGGCCUUGGUUGCCUUGAAGUUUCUUCUAUUGGAUGACGCGGUGACAGAGUUGCUAAAGAGCUUGGACGUGACCUUACCGUGCAAAGAUUGGCAAAGCCUCACGGCCUCGGCUGCGCUCCACCGGGAGACCAUGCCGGGUCUGUGGAAGGUGGUGCUGGAGGCACUGUGCCGCGAUCCCAUUUGGGUCUUGGACCACGUUGCCGAAGUCCACCCGGAUCUCUUGAUUGCGUUGGUGAACCACUCGAGCCUGAGGAUCUUCAAGGACAUCUCCAGAUAUCGUCUGGCAGAGCAGAUCUUGCAAGCAUUGGAGCUGCCGCAAUCCAAUGGUCACGCCGCCCCACGCGCCAUUCUGCCCCCGCGGGCUUCGCCGCGGAAGCGCCGGACGCCGGAGGUGGAGAGUGACGGGCAGGAGCUUCGGAACAGGAUCUUUCAGGGCUUCCCAGAUUGGGAGCUGAGCCAAGAGCAGGUGCAUCUCAUCCGCCGCUCGGGCCUCGUUCCCGACACCUUGCUGUUGGAUUGGUGGGAGCAACACCGCAAAGGGGCGGCCGCCUCCCGCGGCUUCGCCGUGCACAUCGGCUCGGAGGAGGUGGCGACGUCGAUCCCAACAAGCUGGACGAGGCUCAACGAGAGCUCCGCAGAAAUGGACCUGAACUUUGGCACCCGCUGUCCUUUCAACAGUCGCAUCAAUCGGCCCUUCUUUUUCCACGUGCAAAAGACCAAUGGCAAGCUGAGCCUCUACUGCAACAUCUUGGUGGAAGCUCGUUCCCUUGAUCGGGAUCGUCAGAUGCUGUUGGGCCUUCAAGUCUUUCAGCAGCAUGGUGAUAGCCGCGCGCGCCUUGAGCACCGUUCAUGGAGGGAAGUGACCAGCACCCGGCGCCACGUGAAAUUUGGCGGCUUGGAGGUGGAGCAGAACACGGAGCUUUUCGUGGUAGCAACACUACCCGCAGGCGUUUUCUCCCUUGAGAUGUCGCCCCUUCCUGCGUUGUGA